ACAAUUUCUAUUAGCACUAUUAAAAAAAAAGAAUCACUUUCUCUCAGACUUAUUUAGUCAUGUGACAAAAGAUGUCGACUGCUUGAAGUCAAAUUGAUUUUGUCAAGUACAAAGAUAGUCACGUUUCUCUAUCACAAUGGUUAUAUUGAGCACCUACAUCGUCUGUUGUUCACUUGUAAUGGUCAAGGUCCUAGCCACCGGUGGACUUUACAACGCGGCAAGGUUCAAACCUGCGACACAGAGCAGCGACUACGAUCCUUUCUACGCCUACUUAGGAGUAGAUGGGAACUACGACCCUAAUGCGAUGAAUGGACAUUGUCAACAGACUAAAGAGGAACCGAACCCUUGGUGGAUGGUGGACUUGUGUGGCCAGUUCGUUAUAGAGAAAAUACAACUAACUAACAGACAAGAUGUGUACGCGGGUCAACAAACGGCUUAUCGUUUGAGAAACUUUUACAUUGAAAUUUUCAAAACAGAUCCGAGACACGUUGCCAACUUUCCUAACGUAACUGGCCAAGUCUGCUACCAACAAUCUGACCCCCUGGGCCCAGACACUUUUAACUUUACUUGUCCUGUGCCGAUUGUUGGCAGAUAUGUAGGCAUAAUUAUGAGAAAUGUCACAGAAAUAUUACAUAUCUGUGAACUGGAAGUACUAGUCCGUAGUUUCAGUGCUGAAGAAUUGUACUUUAACAAAGUGGUGGACACUAAACUGACAGGCACACCGUUUGAUACGGUGAACGUUGAUGACCAAAUGGUGUGUGCACAGACAUGUCUGCUUCGUAGGUCAACUGACUUCUGUACUGCUUUCAACUGGGUCACAUCCACAAAUUCAUGUCAGCUUUUCAGUGUCAACCCGUUCCUUGACCUCUCUGCGAACCUGAUCUCCGUUCCAGGAACAUAUUUCAAUAUUCAAAAUUUGUUUAUUGGCUUUGAACCAGGAAUGAAAGAAAUUCUACUUGGUGAAAGCACAACAAAUGUUCAAGAGUUAUGUGAUGCACCUAAAUAUAGACGUCUAGAGAUUUUGAAGUCAAGACUUGAUUCCUCCAAACUUUGGCUUUUCAACAGAUCUGACGUUUACAAAGAAAGACGAUAUUAUUUGUCCCAACAAGAACCCACCUGUAGGUCUGAAGAAGCCAUGGCGACUUGUGUCUUGUACGGAGGAUAUUUGGCUGAAAUAGAGGACCUGGACGAAUUUAAUUUUAUCAAAAUAUUUGUUCAAAAGUUUAGUGGAUUCCGAUUGAUUCUCAUUGGCGCAACAGACAACGCUGAAGAAGAAGUUUGGAGAUAUAGAACCAACAAUACACUGGUGCCAUCAUUUUUAGUUGAAAGUAGGAAAUGGGGAACAUUAGCUAAUUGUCUUUACCUAUUGGAUCAUAUAGGAUGGCUGGCUGUGGAUGAUUCGUGUUAUUACACUUAUCCUCUAUUUCCAACUCGAUAUCUUUGUGAAAUCCCAGAGGAUGAUGCUGAUUGCAACUGAUGAGUCACUGAUUCAACUUUCUAGUGCACAUGGUCACUUUUUCGGUUAUUGUGAGCAUACUUAAUGAAGUUCACCUUUUUUUUUUUAAUUCAACUAAAAAACAAAUAUAAAGAAUGAAGAAAAUGUCUAUUAGAAACCGACGCAAAGAAAUCAGCCCAAUAAUUACAAUUACAUUUUUUAAAAAAUCUUACA